UUUGCUUCUUUAGUUGUUUUCAAGCGUUUUAGGUGAUCGUAACGUAGAUCGCGUGUUGUAUUUUUUUUUCGUUUUUAAACCAAAAGUGAUUGUGCGAUGCUUGAAGUAAAAGAAAAAUCAGACAAAAAAAUAAGUUUUGGCAAUUUAAUCCGAUACAACGAAUUCUCGUUUUGAAAAUAAAAAUCAAUCCGGUUCUGAAAAUUUCCUGCUGACCAUGGAUCAAAAACACGCCAUGCUUUAUCCCGAUCCAAACUCAAUGCCAACAGAUCAACGCACCUCGGCUGCUGCAGCCAUUGGUUUGCCCAUUGAGGCUCCUCCAUCCUACGAUGUUGCGGUUGGUGAGCACCAACCUCAAACUUCCCAACAGAAUAUUGGUUGGUCUUCGCCACAGGCUCCCUAUGGAAAUCCCACAGCUCCAGCAAUGUCAAGUCAUGCGGCAGGGGAACAAAUCAUCUAUCCGCCAACUCAAGUAAUAACAAAUCAGCCCACUGUGCCAACCGCCACUCCCCACCAGCAGCCAUACGAUUCUGCUCCCAGCACCACGAACGCUGCUGCUGCAGCAGGUCAAUCAACAAUACCGCUAUCAGCCCAGCUGGGUCCAAAUCCAUCGAAGGUGACAUGCCCCGCAUGUGGAGCUUCGAAAGUUUCGCGAAUGGCUUAUACUCCAAACUCUAAGACACAUUUGUGUGCCUUCAUUUUGUGUUUAGUAGGAUGGUGCUGCUGUGCCUGUGUGGUGCCCUAUUGCAUGAAUAGCUGUCGCACGGGUAAUCACUAUUGUCCCAAGUGUAAUACCUUCCUUGGUGCCUAUAAUCCCCGAAACAAUCUGCUUUGAUUUAAAAACAAGAGAUGAAUUUAAAUAAUUUAAUAUCUAUACCAUCAGUCUUAGGUUUAAGUUAGGCAACGCAUAACUCUAUACCAUAUUUGUAGUCAUUAUUAUGGCGAACAUUUUUGUUUUGUUAUCAUCUGUUUUUCGCUUUCUUUUUCAUUUCUUCUUUUUUGUGAACAACUUAAUGUUUGCUUUAUUGUUUUAGAUAAUUACGUUUUUUUUUUCAGUUUCUCAACUGUGAUUCAAAGAAUCUGUUUAUUGUAGUUUGCUGCCGGUUUUUUUAUGAUAUGGUUUGCUUAUAUAAAUACGGGUGGACCAGGUUAAGACAAAUAAUUGGUUUUAUGAAAAAAGAGAAAAAAUAUUGUAUAUAAGACUUUGGGAUAAAAAUUAAUUUACCUUAAAAUUCAUAUUUAAAUUUAAAUUAUUUUCCUUUUUAAAUUAUUUUUUUCGAUAUUCGAGCGAAAAAAAAGCCCCAUCUCAUGUUGCUGGCUAUCUCUCAUAAAAAUCAUAAAAAAAACAUGUUUAUUUGUCUACUUAUGACUAUUAUCUCUGUUAUUAUGUAUUUAGUUUAAUAAGAUAACACAAUUAUAAAUAUUUGUUGUUGUUUAUUUUUAAAAAUAUUUAUUACGAAAAAGAAAUAUAAAUUUUUCUUUAUCAGAAAAAAAUUUCAAAGAA